AUGACUACCUUCGUCCGCAGCACCGCCCUCUCUCGCAGCCGCAGAUACAGAUAUGAAGCUCUUGGUGCUGUACCCACCACUGGUAGGGACCACAUUCUCAAGUCCGUCAGCUACAGACGCAGAAGAGCCAAGCAGAGGAAAGUUUUCCUCUCAACCUAUCAGCUAGAUUCUUUCUCAGAGCCCAAAUCACCUAAGCUCAACAAGAUUGCUCUCAAACUCAAGAAAUUUGUAGCCUCUGUUUUGAAACUUGUGCAAAACACCGCAGGUUCUUUCAGAUCCAAGUCCUCUCUCUCCACCGACUUGUGA